CCUAAUGGUCACUCCCAAGCUGUCCUCCGGACAACUACAACCUACAGGACAACUAUACAAGGCUCUGCCUUGACAGUUGAUCCUCAACAUCAUCCUCAAAACCUUCACGACGAGGUCAGGAUAUCGGUUAAUUCAAAAAUUUGAAUUCGCUACCAUGAAGUUGUUUGUGCUACUGUGUUUGUGCGAAGCAGUGGCCGGGAGUGUAUUGGAUUUGACUAAAAAUGAUCACAAAUGCGGCGUAGAAGCGAGCACCAACCCGCUGCAUCACGAGCCUUGGCUGGUCCAUUUAGAGUACUACCGACGCGGCGCGCGCGCAGACAUCCGAUGUGGCGGUACCCUCAUUUCGAAGCGGCAUAUCCUCACGGCUGCGCACUGCGUCAACAAGGGCGUUGGAGCUUCUAAGCCUACAAGCUUAGUAGCACGUCUUGGCGAGUACGACCUAUCAACAGCGGUGGACUGCGCAGACGGCGUGUGCGCACAUCUCCCAGUGAAGAUCAACGUCGCUGCGAUCGAAGUGCACCCGCUUUACGACGAUAGGGACCACGAUGUGGCGAUACUGACGUUGGAGAGAGACGCGCCUUAUACUGAUACUAUCAGACCGGUGUGUCUACCUUCAGGCAAGCUUCCAGAAAACGCGGUUUUGACAGCAUCAGGCUGGGGAGAAGAUUUCACCAAAGGCGUUUACAGCAACGUCAAGAAAAACCUCCACCUACCCUACUGGUCAACCUCAAGAUGUAAAUCAGCUUACAAACACCUCCUUUUACCAGAGCCUAUUAUAUGUGCAGGGGGAGAAAAGGAUGUUGAUACUUGCAGGGGAGAUUCUGGAGGACCCCUCACUUGGGGGGUGAAUAGGAAGGAAUUGUGGGGGGUGACUAGCACGGGCAACACUAUUUGCGGAACGAAAGGCUACCCAGGGAUUUACACUAGUGUUGUCCACCAUUUGGAGUGGAUUGAAAAGAUUAUAAACAAAUGAAUUUGUAUUAAGUUGGAAUGGAUUUCAAAAGCACUGAUUAAGUAGUUCUAUUGUGGUAUCUAAUAGACUAGAAAAAAAGCUUUAAAAAGAAAACCCCUAAAUAUGUUAACAUAUUAAC